AUGUGGCAACUGGCAACUGGACUGACCACAAAUGUGGGCAACUGCAACUGGAAAAAGACCAGACCAUGCUAUCUUCCUCAAGAUGCCAGGACCAGUAACACAUCUGCUGUCCAAUAUGAUCUUCCUAUCGACAGUGUUGAUGUAUUCUCACAAUUCAAGUUCCAGUCUUGUAGCCAAGAUGAUGAUGGUGAGCUCAGUGCCAGUGAAAUUGUUAAGGCCAACCCCAAGGAUGGACAUUUCAAUACAGUUGUGGUCUUAACUGCCACUGACGCAGAAUCUACAGCACUACAAGGAACACAUAUUGGGUGA